AUGAGUGCCGUGCCGCCAACUAAAGCCACGGAUGCCGUACUGGUACCUUCGGAACCAGUUCCCGAAGAUGUUUCCCAAGUCCGAGGCAUCGACUGGACUGCUCUUCCUCCUGAGCAUCGGAACAUUGUUGCGGACUUUGUCAACAACCUUACCGGCCAAGGAUUUCAAUCGAGUUCUAUAGGCGAUGCCAUUGACAUCAUCAAUGAUAUGAAGGCGUGGAAAGACCCAGAAACGGGCGAGAAGACUACCAUCUUUUUGGGCUACACCUCCAAUAUGAUUUCUUCUGGUCUGCGAGAUACGUUCCGCUAUCUUGUGCAACAUCGCCACGUAUCUGCGAUCGUAACAACAGCAGGUGGCGUCGAAGAAGACUUCAUCAAGUGUCUCGCUCCUACUUUUCUCGGUUCGUUCUCUACUUCCGGCGCUGCCCUUCGAGCAAAAGGUAUGAAUCGCAUUGGCAACUUGUUCGUGCCCAACAACAAUUACUGUGCAUUCGAAGACUGGUUGAUUCCCAUCCUUGACACCAUGCUUGAGGAACAAGAGGCGGCAUUCAAGGAUUCCGGCGAACGAUUCACCUGGACUCCCAGCCGUGUUAUUCAUCGCCUUGGAAAGGAAAUCAAUAACGAGGAGUCGGUGUACUAUUGGGCGUACAAGAACGACAUACCGGUCUUCUGUCCGGCACUGACAGAUGGUAGUUUGGGGGACAUGCUGUAUUUCCAUUCCUUUAAGGCUUCACCACUUCAUUUGGGAAUCGAUAUUGUGCAAGACAUCCGGAAGAUCAAUACCCUCGCAGUUAGGGCAAAGCGGACAGGCAUGAUCAUCCUUGGGGGAGGCGUUGUGAAACACCACAUUGCUAAUGCGAACCUCAUGCGCAACGGAGCUGAAAGUGCAGUCUACAUCAACACUGGCCAAGAAUUCGACGGCAGUGAUGCCGGUGCACGACCAGACGAAGCUGUCAGCUGGGGGAAGAUCAAGACCGAUGCGAAGAGCGUCAAGGUCUACGUCGAGGCAACGAUUGCCUUUCCAUUGAUUGUUGCCUCCACAUUCGCGAAGCCCGACGCAAGCGAGGAUGGAAACAUGUGA